AUGGGAUUGAAACUGAGCACGAACAAUCAACCGCGUCUGCGUACUUACUCUGCCAGCACUCCGGGGUCCAGUGCUAGUGCAGGGGGCACAGAUGUGGUGGUGGCUCGCAAUGGAGGACAGUCGGCGAGGGCCCGUGCCAGAAGCUUAGUGAAUUUUCAGACUUCGGGGAAUUCUGCAUCACUGGGGAUUCCGGGAGCAUCUGGUGGCACACACAGGAGUAGUUCGCCAGACUCGGAUUCCAGCUCUCCUGGAGAUGAUGCGGCUGCAGUCUUGUUUGGACUGAGUGGACGGACGUUCACUCACUCUCUACCUGUCCAUCUGUUUGCUUUGCAAGGAAUCAAGUGUCCGGUGUGCUCCAAACAGAUAGCAUCCGAUGACAUAGAAUGCCACCUGGUCAUGUGUCUCACAAAGCCACGUAUCAGCUACAAUGAGGAUGUACUAUCAGAAGACAAAGGUGAAUGUGUCAUCUGCUUUGAGGAGCUUAUUCAGGGAGACACGAUUGCCAGAUUACCCUGCCUUUGUAUAUAUCAUAAAGGAUGUAUUGACAAAUGGUUCGAAGUCAACCGGUCUUGUCCAGAACAUCCUUCAGACUAA